CCUAUUCGCCCCUAGUUCCUGGACAACGUUUCCAUUCACUUUCCUUAAACCCUCUUCGUAACGGUCCGAGGUUCGGAGAAGCAGAGCUGUUGAGUUAGAUGGCAGAGAGAAGCAAAGAGCUUCUUCAGUUGGAGCACAAGGGCAUGCCCUUUUCGGCCUUAGAAUCUGCUCUUCUUGUUUGUGAUAAUAAAAGAGAAUCAAGCACUCAAACUAAGAGACUCCCGUCUGAUGACACGCCCUUGACUGACCCAGUUCCUCCAAGCCAACUUUUAGGGAAGGUUAAAGACUUCCUAGGAGUGAUGUCAGAAGCAAAUAAGCGGCUGGAACUUGAUGCAAAGGACCGUCGUGAGAAUUAUGAUAUUGAAGAGCUAACUGGAAAUGAAUCCGAAGUUAUUGAAAUGGAUUUGAUGCUUGGUGUUGCUGAUCUUCAUACACCUGAGGCUGUGGCUGCUGCUGAAUCUGCUAUUUCCAGAUGUCAGCCUGUGAUUUCAUUGGCUGCAGAUGGUAGUGAAACCGAUUCAGAUGAAAGUAGUGCUGAUGAUGACAAUGGGGAUGAUGAAAUUGAAAGCAGUGAUGAUGAUGGAAAUGAUGUUGAAAAGCCUUUUUCUCCUGUUCAAAAAUCUAUUUCUGGUAAAGAAAAAAUUCAUGAAAAACAAAGGGGAAAUCAUCAUUCGAAAAAACGUCCGAGAAUAGUUGAACUAUCAUGAGUCCAGUGUAUGGGAUGGGACUCGGAGUUAGAUGCUUGAGUUGUAUUAAAUUGUUAGUAGAAACAAUUUACUGAGAUUAUUGCUAGUAGAAUCACAAUACACUUUCGUAUCGGGGGUUGGAAAUUUGGAAUUCACUUUUACUUUUGGACUAUGUCAGAGUUCUAUAUGUCCUCGAUAAGAAGUCUAAUGUAUUUUUAAAUUAUUGCAUACGUGCAUU